CUAUCGUUUCACCUUUCUCUGACCAGACCAAAAGCCCGAGUCCUACAGAGAGAGAGAGGACUGAGAGAGAGGAGCGGAGGCAACGAUGAAGCACAUUUUCAAGAAGCUUCACAUAGGGAGCAAUCACGACCCCAAUCGGUCGAACGAGGCCGCUUCGACCGUGUCCCCGACAUGCGCCUCCGAUCACCGCGCGGCUUCCGCUCGCUCGCCGUCGAGUCCGUCGACUUCUUCGCCUUCUACUCCCUCCAUCCCGGCGCCAGCACCAACCACUCCGGCCUCAUCAGCGGUCAACCGGCAGGACUAUUACACCUCGGAGGAGGAGUACCAGGUUCAGCUAGCCCUAGCUCUCAGCGUCUCCGGGCCGGACUCGCGGGACGAUUCGGAGAAUUCGCUGCUCAGCUUGGGGCGGCGGGUGGGAAAAUGGGUUCGGGAGAGGGAUGAAGCCGCUGCCGAUUUGUUGUCGCGCCAGUACUGGGAUUAUGGUGUUCUUGACUAUGGAGAAAAAGUACUAGAUGGUUUCUAUGUUGUAUAUGGGCUCUCCACAGAUCCAGCAAUCCAAGGAAAAAUGCCAUCUCUUGCAGCUCUUGAAACAAACCCUGGAACUUCUGGAUUUGAAGUUGUUAUAGUUAAUCAAACAAUUGACCCCUCCCUGGAAGAGUUGUUGCAGAUAGCACACUGUAUUUCCCUAGACUGUGCUGGCAAGGUAAGUGUUUUGGCGCAGAGGCUUGCAGAAUUUGUUACAGAACACAUGGGUGGGCCUGUAAAAGAUGCUAGUAUCAUGUUGGAAAGGUGGACAGAAAGAAGCACCGAGUUGAGAACAUCACUUCACCCUAGUGUGUUGCCUAUUGGGUCCUUAAAGAUUGGGUUGUCACGUCAUCGUGCUUUACUUUUCAAGGUGUUAGCUGACAAUGUUGGAUUACCUUGUAGACUGGUUAAAGGCAGCCAUUACACAGGUGUCGAGGAUGAUGCUGUUAACAUUAUAAAGAUGGAAAAUGAAAGUGAGUUUUUGGUUGAUCUCAUGGGAGCCCCUGGGACACUCAUACCAGCUGAUAUACUGAGCACGAAGGAUACGUCUUUUAAUUCAUCCCAUCCAAAAUUAAGCAAAUUUCCAAGUCUUCAGACAGCUUAUGACUCUGAAGUCUUUUAUCCAAUACCAAGGCCACUACUUGGUGACUUUGAAGGCAGUAGUCGAAGUUCUGUGGUUGAGAACAGUUUGCCAUUGGGUAGAAAGUCGAGUUCUGGAAAGACUGAAUCCUUCCCUUCACUCUCGAGUGCAAGCAGUGACUCUGGGGUUGGUUCUUCUGGAACUAAUAAAUUGACUCCUGCUAAACAGUUAGAUCAUUUUCCCUCAUCAGCAACUGGGACGUCCCUAUAUAAAGGGGGGCGUGGCCUCAGUGCAGCUGCGGAUGGUUCAAGAAUGAAUAUUAACAUAGUUCCUUAUACCCAGGGUAGUACAGAUGACUCCAAGAAUCUUUUUGCUGAUCUUAAUCCCUUCCAGAUAAAAGGAUCUGGCAAGACUUCUGUGCAGAAUAACCCUGCUUGGCGUAAAGUUGAUCAGUUUCAAAAGCCAAAUAAUGGUGUUAUCUCUGGUCGACCUCCUGUACCUUUAGUGUGGAAGAAUCGUCAUGCUUGCAAUGAGGUUCCUAUAAAAAAGGAAAAUGAUCUUGUGGAGAGGCCAAGAAACAAUCAAGAAGCUAAGGACUAUAGCACAUCAGCAUCAGCUUCCUCCAGCUGUACUGCAUCUGAAAGAAUCCAUCCUGAUGUUCAGAAAUUACCAGAAAACUCCUAUCAUAAUAAAAGAGAUAAUUGUGAAAGAACAUCUUCAGUUAGUGGCAAUUCAUCAAGGGAAUCAAUUGACAGUCAGUUUGGUGUACUGACAUUGGAAGACAGUCCGAGAGUUACUCAUCAUGAGGAAGAAUAUCUCAGGGAGGAGCAGGUCCAGAGAAAUAAGGGGCUAGAUAUGCAAAAAGAACAUGGAAAGGAUGUUGUUGGAAUGCAUGAUCGUAGGAAGUGCACACAUGAUAGAUUUCUGGGGACAAAUUUGAAAUUAGAAUACCCAGAGAGUCCAAUGUCACCGGUUGAGUCCUGUGCAGUUCAGGUUGACUUGGGAAUGGAUGAUGUUGGCGAAUGUGAAAUUCCAUGGGAAGAUCUAGUAAUUGGUGAAAGAAUUGGACUAGGUUCAUAUGGCGAGGUCUACCAUGCUGAUUGGAACGGCACUGAGGUUGCUGUGAAGAAAUUCCUUGACCAGGAUUUCUCAGGUGAUGCUUUGGAUGAAUUUAGGAGAGAAGUGCGCAUAAUGCGUAGAUUGCGCCAUCCAAAUGUUGUUCGUUUCAUGGGUGCUGUUACUCGCCCUCCAAACCUCUCUAUUGUCACUGAGUUUCUCCCAAGGGGAAGCUUGUAUCGAAUUAUUCAUCGUCCUAAUUCCCAGAUCGAUGAGAAGCGUAGAAUUAAAAUGGCUCUUGAUGUGGCAAAAGGUAUGAAUUGCUUGCAUACCAGCAUACCAACAAUUGUUCACCGUGACUUGAAGUCCCCAAAUCUGUUGGUUGAUAAGAACUGGAAUGUCAAGGUUUGUGAUUUUGGGUUGUCACGAUUGAAGCACAAUACAUUUUUGUCAUCCAAAUCAACUGCUGGAACGCCCGAGUGGAUGGCCCCAGAAGUUCUCCGCAAUGAACCUUCAAACGAGAAGUGCGAUGUAUAUAGCUUUGGUGUGAUCUUAUGGGAGCUCGCAACCUUAAGGCUACCAUGGAAGGGAAUGAACCCAAUGCAAGUUGUGGGUGCAGUAGGUUUCCAGAAUCGCCGUCUUGACAUUCCCAAGGAUGUUGAUCCCAUAGUUGCUCGGAUUAUUUGGGAAUGCUGGCAGACUGAUCCAAAUUUGCGGCCUUCGUUUGCUCAGCUCACCGUGGCUCUAAAGCCGUUGCAGCAUCUGGCCGCCGUACCUUCAAAUUUCGAGCAGCAGCAAAGUUCACCCCUCUCGCAAGAGAUCUCAGUGAAUGCUACUACUCCAUGAAAUGAAAUGUCUCAUCCCUGACGUGUGAAUCAAAUUAGCGGAGGAGAGGCUUUCGGGGUUUUCUUUCCUUGUUAGGGUGCUGGCCUGCCUGGGUUUGUGCAAGGAUUUUAAAGAUGAAAAAGAAACGCAUUCAGUGGUCAAAUUUAGGCAACAUAUACAUGAUCGAGUGGUGUGGCAGCAGCAUAUACAUUAUAUAUUAUAUUAUAUUUAUAUAUAUAUAUGCCCUUUUCUGUACAGCUUUCUGUGUGCAUAGUUUCAAGUUUUGAUACCUCAAGAAGAAUGAAUGAGAGGUUAAGACGCACGUGUAGAUGAUAACCCUUUUGUUGGUUGGUACUCGCAAACUGUUAAAAUUCAAAAAGAAUAAAGAAAUGAUUUUAUCA